GCAGAAGAAGUUGACAUCUGUUAGCUUAAAGCUGCAGCGGGUUAAAGUUAAUAAAUAACGAGUUAAACUAAUUAACGGGUUAAACUAACGAGUUAAACCGUCUAACUAGUCCCACACUGUCAUAGAUGGUUAGUUAGAUCCUGUUCAGACCACAGAGGGAAGAAAACUUCAGCUGCUUUCAAACUUUAGCCUGGCUAGCGGAAGCUAACUAGCAUUAGCCAACCGGAACCGGAAACAGUCCCGCCGAGACGAACACGGAGCUGCCAUCAGUUUGCAGAUGUCCUCCCCACAGAUCCGUUCUCUGUCCUGGGGCCUGAUGACGGUGGAAGGAAGCUCCGCCCCCUAUAAGGACUGUAAGGUGUGGCCUGGAGGCAGCCGGACCUGGGAUUGGAGGGAGACUGGGACUGACCACUGUCCAGGAGUUCAGCCUGCAGACUUGGAGGAGGUUCUGAAGAAAGGAGUGGACCUGCUGGUGAUUGGCCGAGGAAUGAGUGAAGCUCUGCAGGUUCCUUCCACCACGCUGGACUUCGUGCAGCAAAAAGGAGUGGAGGUUCGGGUUCUGCAGACGGAGAAAGCCGUGGCUGAAUACAACAAACUGGCCAUUCAGGGUGCCAAGGUGGGCGGAGUCUUCCACUCUACUUGUUGAUGACAUCACCAGCUCAGGGGCAGAGUCUGUUUCCAUGUAGCUGCAUAGUUCAGAGCUUCUCAGAAGAAACCAGAGACUCGUGGUGGGACUUAAGUCUGAAUGUUAAAUGUUGGGUUCAAGUUAUGCAUCAGGAAGUUGACUAGACAGGAAGUUCACCAGACAGGAAGCUUACUCAACAGGAAGUCUUGGUUCUACUUCCUGAGUUUCAUUACAGCAAGAGCCACUGUGUUCUCUAACUGACAUCCUUUAGGUAGAAUCUUCUGCAUUGUAUAGACUUGAACGUGUUUCACUGCUAGAAAAUGUUUUCUAAUGAAAUCAGGAUUUCUGUCCAGUUUUACAGAAGACGACUUUCAGAGAAACUCUGAGGUUUUCAGACAAAACUUUCAGUAGAACUGAAUCAUAAUAAUUUAUACGUCUUCACUGUAAACAAACCAAAGCUCCUGUUUGAUGCUGGAGCUCAGAAACUUCCUCAACGUUGGUUUCUGUAAAGUUAAAGUUCUUAAACAUGUUCAGAUCAGACCUUCAUGAAGCCUUUGUGUGUUUUACUGAGGAUGGAAUCUGGAUUUAAAAUGUUCCACAAGUGCAAUAAUUAGAUGUGAUUUUAAUUUUCUGGACUUUAAAACAAGGUGAGAUGAUGUGAAACUUGUUAGUAAAAUGGAACUACCGUUUGUUGUUUCUGCUGUUUGUCGCAUUAAAUAAAAGUAGAAAAUGAA